UAAUAUGCGAGAUCCGUAGAGCCGACUCCACUGCGCGGCCGCAUUCCGCCCUGACUUCCCCUCCGCCAGCGGCCUGCUGCGUUGAAAUGAGGAGAAGAUGUCGGUUUCGGGGCUGAAGGCCGAACUGAAGUUUCUGGAGUCGAUAUUUGACCCGAAUCACGAGCGAUUCAGAAUCAUAGACUGGAAACCCGACGAGCUGAGCUGCCAGUUCAACGUAACGGGAGAGAAGCUGCUGAUCAUUCACUGCAACAUCACGGAAUCAUAUCCAUCGACGCCGCCAAUAUGGUUUGUUGACUCUGAUGAUCCCAGUCUGGCUGAAGUGUUGGAGCGUCUGGAGGAUGUGAGGAAAGGCAGCACUUUGCUCCUUCAGCAGCUGAAGCGCCUCAUUUGCGACCUCUGUCGGCUUUACAACCUGCCUCAACAUCCAGAUGUAGAAAUGCUGGAUCAGCCUCUACCUCCCGGCCCGAUUACCCAAGAGAGAAAGCACGGGCCCUCAGAUGAGGUGACGUCUGAAGAGGAGGAGGAAGAAGAAAUGGGAGAGCAGGACAUUGACCUGGACCAAGACUUGGACCAUUAUGACAUGAAAGAGGAGGAACCGGCAGACGGGAAGAAGUCAGAGGAUGACGGGAUAGAAAAAGAAAACCUGGCCAUUUUGGAAAAAAUCCGUAAAAGCCAGAGACAAGAUCACUUGAAUGGCGCCGUCUCCGGCUCAGUACAAGCUUCAGACCGCCUAAUGAAGGAACUCAGGGAGAUCUACAGGUCACAGAGUUACAAGACAGGUAUUUAUUCAGUCGAACUAGUCAAUGACAGCCUUUAUGAAUGGCACGUCAAGUUAAGGACGGUCGAUCCAGACAGUCCCCUACACAGCGACUUGCAGGUCUUAAAAGAAAAGGAAGGCGUGGACUACAUUCUUCUCAAUUUCUCUUAUAAAGAUAAUUUUCCUUUUGAUCCACCUUUUGUACGGGUUGUCUCACCUGUGCUCUCCGGAGGUUACGUUCUCGGAGGAGGAGCCUUGUGCAUGGAACUUCUCACAAAACAGGGCUGGAGCAGUGCCUAUUCCAUAGAAUCUGUCAUUAUGCAGAUCAAUGCAACUCUGGUCAAAGGAAAAGCCCGAGUGCAGUUUGGAGCCAAUAAGAACCAGUACAAUCUUGCCAGAGCACAACAGUCAUACAAAUCCCUGGUGCAGAUUCAUGAAAAGAACGGCUGGUACACACCGCCGAAAGAGGACGGAUAAGCGGCGACUGACUACUAUGCACUUGGAACAUGUCUUUGGGUCAUCUUGUUUCCUUUGGAAUAUUUUCCCCAUCCCGACGCGACGGGGGAAAUAUAUAUCAUCCUUCUCACGAAAACCACCUUGUCGGCUCAUCCGACGCUGCGCUCCAGGACAGACUCCAUCACACUCUGCUUCUCCCCCCCCCCUUAGUGUUCCAGAGAGGAGGGAAGCGUGAGGACCUCGCCAGUCCAGGUUUUCUAAUUACGCUCAAUCUGUCUGUCGAAGGAGCGACAGAAACUUUGCUCCCGUUAAAUGUGGGGAGCCGCUCUCUCUUUAGCUGCUUGGACAAAGCGGGCUUCACAGUCACCUCCGCCCUCUCUAGAUGGAAAUUUUAAAAGAUUUAUAACUGAAGCUCUUGGAGUAUCAAUUCAUGCUUCUUUUUCUCUUUUUUUUUUAACUGACUGUGAUUUUGUUUCUCUCUUGCCACUUGGGGUUAUUUUUAUUUUUUAACUGGUACAUAAAUGCAAAUAUUGUUUCAGAAACAUUAUUUGGCUUUUUCUUUUUUGUUUUUUUUUGUUCCCAUACAAUAAAUUAGACUCUGCUAUUUUGGAAACAGGUAAAACUUGAAUAAGAAUAUUAGGCCAAGCUGAAUGAAAGUGAGGUUAAAGAACUGAGAUCAAACAAAGCCGGGGGAUGUGAAACAUCCCACAAAUCUGCAUGUUGUUUAACAAACUCGGCGGAGAGCGGCGCCGUCGUGACAUUUUGGAAGUUUUUAUCGCCCGAGUGUUUCAAAGCUAAAGGGUUUUUUUUUUUUGCCUUAUAUCUGUUAACGGAGCCGUCGGCCUCUCUCGUCGAAGCUUCAGAGGUCGACGCCUGGUUUGUGUGCGGCAUGUUGUACAGAAGCUGCGUCUCAGCCACAGUUAUCGGAACCUGUUCAAUUGGAUUGCAGUCACUUUGUUAAGCAGAAACUGUUUUGAUGGCUUCACUGAGGGGAGGGGCGGGAAGGAGGGGGGGGUCUUUUAUCCUUCUGCUCAUUUUAAUGAAAUGAUUCAUAUUUUCUUAAAAUAAAGUUCUAGUGGUCCGUUUGAACCCGCAGCUCUGUUACUUCUGGUCCCCUGCAGCCGUGUUCCAUCAAAUGUGGAGCUUCUCUUCAACGCCACAGAUGUGUUGUAGUGAUUCGCUUUUUUGGAGAAGCAUCUGUGUAAUUUUUUUUUUUUUUUAAAGCUCAGUCACAAAACUUGCCACACCCUCACGAAACUGUACUUUUUAACCUGCACCAUGCAAUACGCCAUGAGAGACACACACACACACACACACACACACACUGUAUCUACCGGUCAGUCGGCCCGUUUGCAGUCGCAUGUUAUAAGACAGUCUGCAGGAGUGUGUUUGGAUGGCAACUCAGGUAACAAACAAUACAAUAGGAAGGGGAUCUCUGCGCGUUGUUGGGUGAACUUCUGGGUUUCAUACGAGCUCUGCGCCGCUCGCUCGGAAAGCAAAGCAGAACGAGCUUUACAAAAUGGGUCAUGUUUUUUUUUUUGUUUUCAUUUGUAAUUGAAGCAGUUUAAAAAGAGUGCAGGAUUGUAGUGGCUCAACAAUACACACUGCUGUAUUUGUGAGGUUUUGGUGGUUUGAAAUUAACCUGAUGAAAAACGUUUGCACAGCUGACAGGGUGAGGGGUUAUACCUGAGAUAUGUUUAGAUUUUCAAAUCAGGAAAGGAAAAGUUGUUUUUUAUUAUUAUUAUUAUUGUUCCUCUGCGCUCCUGUUGUUACAUGUCUGAUGUGUGUGAGAGGGGAGGAGUCAUCAAACAUCCUGAUAAAGUCACGUUCCACUGCGAACCUUUUCGAUCUGCAUACUGCGACGCUCCUCUGCUGAGCCUUCCUCUCAAAACGACAAGAACUGUGGUCGAAGGAGGAGACGGACGGACGGACGGAUGGACGGACAUGCUGUGGACUGGACUGAGACGCUUCUCCAACAGGACUGUGUGUUGAAAAGGUUUCAUUUAUCUCUUUAUUUUCCGGCACCAGCAGACAGAUCAGGUCUGACUGUUGGCUCACUUUGGGUUUUCUUUUUUCAUUUUUUUUUUUUUUUUUCAUUUUCCAUUUGACAAAGUUUUGACGAUGUACAGCAAUUUGUAAACUUGCAUCAAGUUUAUGAAUAAAGAAUUUUAAGAUUAUUGGUUUGA